CCUCCAAUUGCUUCUCAUCCGUGCCCUGAACCUUCCUCUUUUACCACCGGUCCCCUGCGCUAUUCCUUGCACUAUUCUCCCGCUCAUUUCCCCCCUAGCACCCAGCUGAGCCAGCUCUUUUUUUUUUUUUUUCCCCUACAGCUCGACUGGUCUCCUCAAUCAAGUAUCAACUAAGAACAGUGGCAGUUUUGUCCUCUAAUACUUCCAACGGACUCUUCCUGGGAUUGACAACCAGUCCCAGAGUCCACGUACACAUCAUCAUGGCUUCAUUCAAGGAUUUACCUCUCUCGCGCCCCUUCCCCCAAUCCAACCCUCGUCACCAUUCCCACUCGAUUUCCCUAGGCGCGGUUAAUCCCAACCAUCGGGUCACUCGCCGCAAGAGUGUGACCACCACCACCACCACCGCCGCCGCUGCCGUUGCCGCCUCCCUGAAAGAUUCUCCAGACUCGAUUGGAAUGGCGAUGCCUGCCCAUCGUCGUGGAAGCCGAAAAGCCGUAGGGUUGGAAUCCAGCUCGGUCGGAGCCACCUCUGCCUUCACCUCCUAUCUCUCUCGCUGUAUAACCAGCCCCGCUCGGGAUUCCCCGGUCGCUCGCAAGCCGUCCCCGAGUCAGCAACCGGAUGAGUGCCGUACGUCCACCGCCCAAACCGCCGUAGAAGGAACCGACUCAGGAAGCAAGCCCGUCAGCACCAAGAACCGAAACCGUCGGGCCAGCGAGGGGUCACACCUGGUCACCAGCGAAGGAAAGCGUUCCCUGGCCGAUCUUCGCUGCGAUCGUUGUGGGAAAGGGUACAAGCAUGGCAGCUGCUUGUCCAAGCAUAUGUGGGAACAUAAUCCUGCGUGGGCAAUCACCUCAAAACUCUUGAUCUCCAAGCACCAGCAAGUCCAGCUCCUGGAAGCGGCGUCGGUCUUGGUCAACAUGAAUCUGGAUGAUCUGCCCUCGGACAGCCCCGAAGCUGAGUCCGAGACCUCUUCGGCUUCACCGGACGCGUCAUCGGAGCUGCGCGAUGGCCUGAGCUCUGCUGAAACCACGCCACCCCCGAUGGACGACGACGACGACGAUGAUGAUAUGUUGAUCGAGGGCGAAAAGCGUUUUGGUUCACACAACGCGUCCGCUCAUUUCUCUCACUCCUUCCAGUCUAUCCCGUCGAGCUCCUUCACCGGCAGCGCUCCGUGGGCCUCCCCCGCCUUCUCGCACUUCCGUCACUCGAGCAUUGACACCCGCCCAUCCACGGCGGAGGCCAAAUUGCACGACGACGACGAGGCCGAUCUGGCUGCGGCUAUCGGACUCUGCAAUUUCGGAACCCCCCGAACCGGGCCGGUGCCGAUGUCUCCUAGUAUCCCACCUGUGCCCCCGCUCCCAUCCCGCUACCUUGACCAGAGAAGCUCGGUAGAGAAUCAGCUGAGUCUAGGUCAGUCAGUGACCCGCACAGCCGACGCUACUCUUCAAAACUCCACUCCCGAUAUCUUUGUCUCCCUUUCCUACAACCCUUCACUCUCGUACAAGGUGUCGGAUGAGCGGGGGGUGCGGAUAGGUAACACCGAACGCACCGACCGGCAAACCCGUAACGCCGACGUUGAUUUUGGUACCCGCCCUAGCCAUGCGGAUGACGAUGACGAUGGUGUUUUUGGUCGCAUGGAGGAAUAGACGGACGGUGCUUUUGCCCCUCCUCCUUUCUUUUUUUUUUUUUUUUUAAUCAUUUUGUGGGGCGACUUGGUUCCCCCCAUUGGAUCGCUGUAUAGCAGCUUUAUAACCUUCAUGACAUGUAUGAGAGCCUGUGUGAAUUUUGUGAAUGUUCUUUUGACUAGUUGUUUGGAGUUGGAACACCCCCUUUGCGUGUAUGACAAUUUUCAGGGAUUGUACCGCCCCGGUUUGAUAGACGAGGGGCCCCCUGACUGCAUUAUGGAAUUCAAGGGUAUAUAUUAUAUCUACUUUUUUUUUGGACUGCCUCACUCAUGUACCCGAUGGUUGCGUGGCAUUUUUCCCUUCAUACAGGGUCUGCGUUCGUUGCCUGAGCUUGUAAUACUGUCUACAGACUAA